GGUCCUCGUGCAGCUGACACCAACAGACCAGAGCGGUCUGGGGAGCUCCACCGGAAGCGCUUCCCCGGAGGAGAAGCCAAGCGCUGAGCCAACUCCGCCCGCCAAUCCAACUUUAUUCACUCAGGGACCCAUGGCGCCCACCGUGAUCGUGGAGCCCGCGGGCCGCAGCCUCUGGGACGAGCCGCUGCGCAUCGCCGUGCACCGCCUCGCCCCCCAGCAGCCCGUCACGCUGCGCGCCGCCCUGCGCGACGAGAAGGGCGCGCUCUUCCGGGCCCACGCGCGCUACCGCGCCGACGCCGCCGGCCGGCUGGACCUGCAGCGCGCGCCCGCGCUGGGCGGCAGCUUCGCGGGCCUGGAGCCCAUGGGGCUGCUCUGGGCCAUGCAGCCCGACAGGCCUUUCUGGCGCCUGCUCAAGCGGGACGUGCAGACGCCCUUCGUGGUGGAGCUGGAGGUGCUGGACGGACACGAGCCCGAGCAGGGCAAGCUGCUGGCCAGCGCGGUGCACGAGCGCCACUUCCUGGCGCCCGGGGUGCGGCGCGUGCCUGUGCGGGAGGGCCGCGUGCGGGCCACCCUCUUCCUGCCCCCAGGACCUGGGCCCUUUCCUGGGAUCGUGGACCUUUUUGGAGUUGGAGGAGGCCUUCUAGAGUAUCGAGCUAGUCUGCUGGCUGGGAAGGGCUUUGCUGUGAUGGCUCUAGCUUAUUAUAACUAUGAUGACCUCCCUAAACACAUAGAUGUUUGCCACCUGGAGUACUUUGAAGAAGCUGUGAACUACCUGCUCUGUCACCCUCAGGUAAAGGGCCCAGGAAUUGGGCUGCUGGGAACUUCCAAAGGCGGUGAAAUAAGCCUCGCCAUGGCCUCUUUUCUGAAGGGCAUCUCGGCUGCCGUCAUCAUCAAUGGCUCUGUAGCUGCUGUCAGAGCACCCAUAUACUAUAAGGAUGAGUCUGUACCUCCUGUCCCUGUCAUGAGGAAUCGAAUGAAGAUGACCAAAGAUGGGAUCAUGGAUGUUAUGGAUGCCCUGAAAAGCCCUUUGGAAGAACCAAAGAGCUUCAUUCCUGUGGAAAGGUCUGACACCACCUUCCUGUUCCUUGUAGGUCAGGAUGACCACAACUGGCAGAGUGAGUUCUAUGCUAGUGAGGCCUCCAAGCGCUUGCAGGCCCAUGGGAAGCAAAAGCCCCAGGUCAUCUGUUACCCAGAAGCUGGGCACUAUAUCGAGGUGCCUUAUUUCCCCUUGUGCAAGACUGGUUGGCAUAACUUGGUGGGUGCUCCUAUCCUGUACGGAGGGGAGCCCAGGGCUCAUGCCAUGGCCCAAUUGGAUGCAUGGAAGCAACUGCAGAUUUUCUUCCACAAACAUUUGGGUGGUAAAGAGGGGACCAUUGCAGCAAAACUCUAGUUUUUGUUUGAUCAGGUAACAUCCCUGGUUCUUAUCUCUUCUAGAAAUAGCUCGAAGCUAGUAUAUAUAUUUUGUUUUCCGUUAAAGAAUUACAUAGUUUUGCGUCAACAGAUAUGUGUCAACUGCACACGUUAUCAGUUUGUGGAGGGGAAAAACUGAAGAAAACAUAAGGACAAAAAAAAAUUCUUACGUUCUACUGCUUUGAAAUGUGACUAAGGGGGCUGGGGAUUAGCUCAGCGGCAUAAGCGCCUGCCUUGCAAGCAGGCAGUCGUGAGUUCGAUCCCUGGUACCGAUAAAAAGGAAAAAGACAAAAAAAAAAAAAAAAGAAAUGUGACUAAGAAGGUUUUAGGUCCUAAAGGAAAAGUGAAUACCAUUUCAGGUACCAGCACCAUAAUUUGAGUGUGUCUUAGUUAUUUCACUCAUUGCAGAGACAAAAUACCCAACAUUCAAAGUAAAGAGAAGAAGAGUUUUAGUUAAACCAGCAACCCUUCAUUUGGGCCUAUCCAAGUAUCUGUUGAGUGAUCUUUUGAGAUGAAAAGGUGGAAAAACUACUAUGUUUUGAACACGCAUUCCAAGAAGACCACUGAUUGCUUCAACUCCAGUCACCUUCCAUAAUACCUUGUCGUACACUUCUUCACCACAUGAAUACUGCUAAACACUACACUCAGUGACAUAGAUUUGAGACUCGCCUCCCCCCACUCAACUGUCUUGCAAACAACUUCUGUUGUGUAAAAUACAUUGUUUCAGUCAUUGGCAGACUGUGUCACGGGAAAAUGGGACUAGUUUGUUAGCAAUGCAAGUAUGUUGGACCUAAUAUAAGACUGACUUCAUUAUAAAUUUAUGGAAGAAACUGGAGAAAGAGGGGCUGGUGAGGAAGGUAUAUUUCCCACUCUUUCCCUUUGCUGGAAAAUGAACACAGGGCCCUAUUCAAAAAGCUUGUUUGUUUUGUUCAACCAAAAAAAUGCUCCAGAAGUUGAAAGCAUAGCGCUAACAGACCUAUUACAAUUCAGAAAUAGAUAGAAGUAAUGACCAGUGGUGUUUAAGGUGUGGGGAAAGCUGCUCCCCACCAAGUCCUGUUGGUGAGUGAAUCCUUUGGUGAGCGAGUACUUUCCUUGUUGUUGAAUAGGAAGCAUUUUAUUGAAGACUGGAAAUUGUGGUUUCUUGGUGCCAAAUUUUUGCCUUAUAUGGACAUACCAGGCUAUUAGAUCGUAGCCUGUUAGCCUAAGCAUAACUCCACAUGCCAGUCCAGUCUUCAUCACGCCAAAUCAUAAAAAUGUACGAGUUUCUCUUGUUUCUCUGAGUUUUCACUUCAGGAGACUCUUAUGUCACAUAAAAUUUAUAGUCAAGAGCUCGGACUAUAGCUCAGUGGUGCAGCGCCUCCCUGGCAAGUGCAGGGCUCUGAGUUUGAGUCCCAGUAUCAAAAAACCAAAAAUUUAUAUUCAAGAAAUUUGUAUGCUUCUCUCUUUUACAUCAGUCACUUGUUAUAGGAGUUCCUGUGAUGGUGAGAAAACAAAUCUUUUUGUAUCUCUGCUUUCCAUAUCAAAUUCAUAACUAAAGCAGUUGGCUAUUGACCUCUGGCACUAAAAAAUUGCUUAGUCUGUAUCAAUGGGAAAAAGUAAAAGAAAGAAAGAAAGAGAGAGAGAGAUAGAGAGAGAGAGAGAUAGGCCCUGUAAAAAUUAUCCAUAGUGUACUUGGUAUGGUGGCACACAUCUGUAAUCCCAUCACUUGGGAGGCAGAGGCAAGAGGAUUGCUGCCAGUUCAAGUCCAGCCUGAGCUACAAAGUACACUGAAGGCCAGCCUUAACUGCACAGUGAAACACUGUCUCAAAAAGACAAAACAAACAAACAAAAAAACCCAAAUUUUCAUAAACCAUUUCUAAAGGUGGAGAGUGUAUCUCAAUGGUAGACCACUUGUCUAACAUGCAUUAGGCUCUGGGUUCUAGCCUGAAAACCACAGAACCAACCAACUAAACAAAAUUUUUCUAAAACUAUCUCCCAACUAUAUAGAUUAGACAUAGAAAUAGGACUAGCAAAUAAGAUAAUUGCAUUAACCUAUUCAAGAUGUGAGAAAAAGAAAUUUAAAGCAGUCCAUUUUCAAAAUGAAAUGGUUAACUGAGUGGAAAUUACUGGCAGUUAAAAUUGUUUAACUGCCUAGCAAAUAUCACGCAUUUGGAGGGUCUCUGGAUAGGCAGGACCUUGAGGAAGAGAUAAAAAUAGUAAAAAGAGACAUUGUAGAAUAUAGUCUGAAUAGGGGAAGACAGGAGAAAAGUCUGUUUUUCUAGCUAAGUCUAAGUUAAUACAUAGUAUCGCAGUGUCAUAAGAAACCUCUACACAGGAGCAUCUCUUUCUCAGCCUUAAUUUGUCUCAAUUUUCAGAUAUAUAAUGUGGAUUACACAGCCUUUUAUAAGUUGGUACUUUUACAUUUCUAUUUUAUUUUUGUUUUGUGAAAAAAAUUCUAAGACAAAUGCUGUAAGAUUCUUGGUCAUACACGUUUAUGUAGGUUAUACAUGUGCAUAUGCUGAAUGUUGUGACAAGGGCUAAAUCACCAGAAGAAAAUUCUGUUCCAGUUGGCUAACAGAUAAAUGGGUACACACAUAAAUUAAACUGUUAGGAUUACAGUAAUUAACCAAAAUUCUAGUUAGUUCAUAUGAUUGAAGUGAACCUGGGCACAAUAAGUUGGCUUUAAAUUUCUUGGUAAAAUAAAACUGAAGUUGUCAUCAUACUUGUUAGCACAUGUGUUACCCAGGUAGGUUAUUUUAUCUAUGUUUGGUGUAUAAAAUGAUAAAAGUAUAAUUUUACUAAGAGCAAAUAUACAGAUGAAAAUGCAAUGCCACAUCCAUUCCUUCCCGAGUACUGAAUACAACAAUUUAACUUGUAGAGUUUUUUCCAUUGACAAUGAAAUAACUUGAAACAGUGAUCAUGAUUGCAUAUUAUCUCAAUUUUUAUAAGUAAUCUAAGUAAUAUUGUUAAAAUUAAAUGAGAAUGUAAAUGGGAUGUUUAUAAAUGAACUUCUCAAAGUUAAAGUUACGUUAAUUUAAGUAAUAGAUAUGCAUAAAAUGUUUGAGUAAGUUAAAACAGUGAAACAUCAACUGCUAAGUGCAAAUUCAAGUACUCUUUAACUUUUUAAAUUUUGUAUAUUGGUAUGUUCAUUGCACAUAUAAAAUUUUUCUGUGAGAAAUUAUAACAUAUCUUAAUAAAGUAUUAAAAUUA